AUGGAGGACCAGGACGGCUACAUGGCCUUAGAGCAGUGGAGGAAACGAGGGGCUGCGGGGAGCCCCCCGUCCUCCCCAGGGGCAGCUGUAGGAUCUGGCUUUCCAGAACCCCGGGGGGUCCCCCCCACAGCCCCCCCGCGCCGUCCCCGCUGCCUCCUCGGGGCCCUCACGGCUGCCCUGGCGCUGUCCCUGGUGCUGUGGGUGUCCUGGUGGGUGGCAGAGAGGGUACAGCCCGAGGCGACCUGGAGGUGGGGGAACACCUCCCUGGGACCCCCCUGUGCCAGCCUGGACGGCACCUUCAGGGAGCUGAGGAGGAUCCUGUGCCCCCUGCGAGAGGCCGAGGGGUGCAGGCUCUGCCCCGUGGGCUGGAUGCUGGGCAGGACCAAGUGCUACUGGGUCUCGGAAAGGAUGAACUCGUGGCACGGGAGCCGGGAGGACUGCGGGGCCCGCGGGGCCGCGAUGGCGAUGCCGUGGGACAAGGACGAGCUGGAUUCCCUCAAUGAGACCCUGAGGAAACCCACGCGCCACUUCUGGAUCGGGCUCUCGGUGCCCGCGCCCGGGAUGGGCUGGACGUGGGUGAACGGCUCCCGCCCGGACUGGAGCCGGUGAGGAGCGCUGGGGGGUCGGGGUGGGCACCCCCCUGUCCCCCGAGGGCCCCCCGGGGGUGACACGGGCCCCCUCCCGCACCCGCAGCUUCCCGCAGGACCUCGGGGAGGGUCCCGGAGCCUGCGGGGCGCUCAAGGGGGACAGGAUCGACCCCCGCGCCUGCGACACGGGGCUGCAGUGGAUCUGCCAGACGGAGUCCGCCCGGAUCUGAGCCUCCAUCGCACCCAAAACCCACCGUUAAUGCGCGAAAAAAUCCCGAUUCCCGCGGGUUCGGCACCCACCGGCGGCUCCCGGGGCACGGGCAGGACCGCGGCCGGGGAAAGUCGGGGGGCG